CUGAUCCGUCGCCGUCGUUUAUCCGAUAACUGAACAGCGGCGACCUAAUUUUUGCUCCCUGUCCUUCCCCUCCGAUCUCUCCGUUUCCUGAAAAGCAAAGUGCAAUGCACUCCACAACAUUUUCCAUGCAAUUCCUUCGGCUCCGAAACCGUGUAACUUUCUCUCUUCCCCUCGAAUACGAAUCUCGAACAGGCAAAGUGAAAGGGGAUGGCCGGCAGCCCGAUCAGGCUCUCCGUUUGCCUCUUCGUCGUCCGGACCAAAAAACGGGUACGCGAUCUUCUUUCUUCGUCGGCUGUUGGUAGCUCUUUUUGCCGGCGGUAGGGGAGAAAAGAGUUGACUUGUGAGUUAUGACCCCCCAAAUUUGGCACUGAUUGAAUAUGCUACGCAAUCCCCAAGUGUGUUUAAAAACGCGUAUUAUUAGCCGACGAUGCACGAAGCUUCCUUCUUUGUCGAUCCCACAAUCCGAUAACUUUAGUCUCCCAGCUACCCUAUAUACAUCUUUGGCUCAAUUGGCCUGGCUGCAGGAUCAGCCUUGCCUACGGUGGUCAACGUGUGGUUUCCCAUUUCGCAUCUGUUAUUCGCCUCACCAAGAUAUCCUGUUUCCCAAAUCCCAACCUCUUGUUAAAGUGAACUGGUCAUGUCUGAGCCAGUCAAUGAUGGCAUUGAACGACUUACAACCCUCCCCCACAUGGCAAUUUCUGCUGUAGAUGGCGCAAACGUAGAUGAUGGGAAUGAUGCCAUGGCAAAAAGUCCCAGGAAGGUGGACAGUUGCUGUUCCAAUGUCGUUACCCCAGCAGUAAAGGGUGCAACUGUUUCUUUGCGAAGCAAGAGUGAGGCAGAUGCGCUCGAUGAUGGCCACCGGUGGCGCAAGUAUGGGCAAAAAGCAGGGUCGAGAAGUCAUCCCAAGAGUUACUUCAAGUGCUCAUAUGUGGGAUGCUCAGUGAAAAAGUGUGUAGAGAGGGACCCAGAUGAUCCUGAAUUUGUUAUUACUACAUAUAAAGGCACACACAAUCACAAUGUUGUUACACCUUCAGCGAAGACUAGCAGCAGCCAUGGAAGUUCAGCUCGUGUGGUUGAUGGUGACUCCGUCUGUAUUGGAUCGGAUAAUAGUGGCAUAAACCUUGUGAGCGAUUUAUCAAGGAUGAGUUCGGGGAAAAGUGGCAUUACAACAGAAGAGGAAGAAUAUGUUCAUGAUGUUACCUUCGGCAGAUGUUACAGGAAGAUGGAUACUAGGAGUUCUGAUGCUACCCCAGCAGUCAAGCCCAAAGUUGUCACUUUCCGAACCAAGAGUAAGAUUGAUGUAGUGGAUGAUGGUUAUCGUUGGCGCAAGUAUGGCUUGAAAUCGGUGCUGGGAAGUCCUCAUCCCAGGGCUUAUUACAAGUGCACGCAUGCUGGAUGCCCUGCUAGAAAGACCAUGUGUAGGGAUUCAGAUGAUCCUGAGUUUGUUACGACCACAGUUCAAAACACACAUAACCAUGUUACUGCAACUUCAAGAGGUAAGACUACUGCUAAUCAUGACAUUGCAUCGCAAGCAGCUAUGGGCAGUAUUGAACGUGAAGAAAGUAGCUACAUUACUAGCCUCGGUUUUGGGAACAAUAUGAGUUCCACUGCUGCUGAGACUCGAUGCAAUGAGAACUUUGGGCUGAACACGAGUGACCCGUUGAGAUUUGAUAUAAAAACUAGCCUUGAUCUUGGAAUCGGGAUGGAUUUUUUCGCUAUCGAUGAUUUCAGUGAUUCAUUUUACUCCUUCCCUGAAAGUGGAAGGAGUUUUACUUCUGGAAAUGGAAAGGCAAAUGCCAUGCUGUCACCUGCCAGUUACUUGAUGAGGAGUGGAGAGCAGAAUGACACAAUGGCCCUUGAAUUUCAACAGCAUCAAGAGCUUGAAAAAGUUGACGAAGGAACAUUAGAAAUUGAAGAAUCAAGGCAGUUACAAUUUCAAUUUUCCAUGGCUUCACCCGAGAAGGAGCCUUAUCACUGUAAUGAUCUCAUGAAUACAGGAAACAUAUACCUUUCAAAGUCUCCCUCAUCAUUGUAUUCUUUUUGUGCACAAUACUUUGUGUCCAUUUUCUUGCCAUAUUGCAAAUUUCAACAGCUUUGGGACGGAGGGAUGCAGCUUUUGGUAAGCUUGAAGCAUCUAGAUUUGAAGCACUCUGCUCUACGUUGGAUACCCGACCUAUCAAAGUCGCUGAAACUUGAGGAUUUGGAACUUGAAGGCUGCAUAUACCUGGUUGGGAUAUCCUCCAUCCAACAUCUUACCAAGCUUCAACAUCUCAACCUCAAAGGGUGUCAGAGUCUCAGAGGGCUUCCAAGUCUGAUGAAGCUGAAGUUCCUCAAAACACUUGAUCUCUCUCACUGCUCAAAUCUCAACAGACUUCCUCCAUCGCUUGGUUGCAUUUCUAGUCUCUGUGAACUGAAUCUAAGAAACUGUGAAAAAAUUAACCGUCUCCCUCGCAGUGUUGUACAGUUGAUGACAUCCCUUGAAACUCUCAAUAUUUCUGGCUGCUCAAGUUUAUGGAAUUCCAUUACCGGCAUCCUCAUUAGCCACUCCUCUGAAGAUGCUUCUCCUGAACCACCACAACCUAUCACACUGGUGCAAGUGGAUGCUGUUGCAGCGACCAGAGCAAGUGCUGUAGAUUCACCGCCAUCGGAGGACCCGUCUUUGGAGUCGAGGGGAGAAAAAACUAUAACAUUGGAGGAUUCUAAUGCUUUUACGAGAGAGAAAACUAUCCUAGCCAUAAACAAUGCAGUAUAUUAUGGAUUGGAAGAGGAGCAGGGUAAGAAUGCUGCUAUUAUACCAAAGAAAGAUCGACAACAAAUUUUGAACGAUGAAGAACAUAAAGACACAGAGAGUGUAGGGAAUGAGCCACUGAAGAUUGCUGAGGCCACUACAUCUGUUUGCUGUCAAGUGGAAGACUGCGGGGUUGAACUUAGCAGUGAAAAGAUUUACCACCAAAGAAUCCAGACUUGUCAGGUUCACUGUAACACUAGUACAGCAAUGUUGGGGAAGGUAAUGCAGCGAUUUUGCCAACUAUGUUCCAGGUUUCAUCUCAUUGAAGAAUUCGAUGGAGAGGAAAGAAUCUGCCGCAGUCGAUCAGCUAGAUAUAGUCAAAAGCGCGGUAGGCAGAGUACUCCUACUACCACUGGAACAGACUUGGAGGAGAAAUUCCUGUUACUGAAAAGAACAAGAACAAUAACAAGCGACGAUACAAUUGCAUUAGCCGAGACUGUUAAGGAGUUUCUGAGCCUUUCAUUGGAAGAUUUGGCAGAAGCCAAUGCAUUUGGCAACUUCGAGCAUGCUGUUCUCGCUAUGAUUGAGCAGUCAUCGAGUUUGGAUGACAGGGCGACGAAGGAGAGUGUGUUGGUUUCCUUGGCAGAGUGGAAACAGAGUGUUCCCGAGAUAGUGAUGAGUAUGCAGAACGCUGAAGCUGAAUCAGCUGUCACUUCUAGAGAAAUGAGGGAAAUGGAUGCGAGGUUGACUCGUGGAGAGCUACACCUAAGUUUGCUGGAUUUGGAACUGUCUUUGAUAUCGGAGGAGGAAGAGCAGAUUGAGGCUGAGAUCCAGCGUUUGAUGGACGAGAAGAAGAGAUAGGGGAUCAUUAUUACAUUGUUAUACCAAUACAAACUGCAACGAUCACUAUAUGUAACAGUAGAGUGAAACAAGGUUUUUUCGAGAUUGGCAGUAAUCCUAUAGACCACCAGAAGAAGAGUUCUUUGGUAAACCCAUCAUAGGUCUUAAUAGCACAGUCCAAUAUAAUGGGCAUUCUCUGAAUGACAAGUUGAGGUAAGCGAUAUGAUCAAAUGAAUUGUAGUGCAGUGCAGGGUCGCCCAACUCCUUCAUCUUCACUGUUCCACUGAGAAUAGAUCCGAGCCCGGCAGAGUAUCUCAUCUCCUUCCUUCUGAUUAUCACUUGAUGGUAACAACUUGGUAUUCUAUCGUUGCUUAUAGGCUGCACAUUUUACACAAAC